GACCUGGGCACACAUCCUCACACUGUUGUGAUGUUCAGCACUGUAGAGUUGGAGGGGAAAACAAAGAUGGCUACUUCUACUUUUGUGGAUUAUUCUUUAUUCCUUAGGAUAAUGCGAGUGGAGCCCAAAGUGGUGCUGAAUGUUGCUCAUGCUGUGGUGAAGAGGAUGUCAUCUUUUGUCAGGCAAAUAGACUUUGCUCUUGACUGGAUGGCUGUCGAAGCUGGCAGGGCUGUUUACAGGCAGGGAGAGAAAUCAGACAGCACUUUCAUAGUGCUGAGUGGUCGACUGCGCUCAGUAAUCAUGAAGGAGGAUGGCAAGAAAGAGUUGAUAGGGGAGUACGGACGUGGUGACCUGAUUGGAGUGGUAAGCACCGUGACAGCCAGAGGGAAGACAGCUGGGGAAGAGUUGAUGGAAGACUAUUAAUAUCCAUGUUGUAUCAAACAACACUAGCUGUUUGUUUUCAUAUAAGAACCUGUUAAAAGGUUAGAUAUAAAAAAAAAAUUACAAUGUUAAUAUCACAAAUGGAACUGCCUAUUAGCUGUCAGUAUACUGCAUAUGGCUGAUGAGACUGGAUUUCCUGUAUGUUCUACUUUCUACUUUCAGUAAAUACAGACUAAGACCAGUACAUCUUGGGAUAUAUUUAAACAAAGGGGGGAAAAAAGAACAAAAAAUGUAGCCAAAAGGCAGCUGAAAUAGAAUAUGCAUAAAAAACAAUCCAGAUAAAAAAUUUUU